CUUAAAUCGGAUUCGAUUAGAUUGCUAUUUCUAUUUCUAUUUUCCAUCUUUUAUUUUCUAUUUAAAAACAAAACUGCGCAGCUGGGUGGGAGCCUGAGCUGGUCGUGAUUGUGAGCGCCAGCCAUGGCGUCAGCCUCAAAAUUUAAAACACAUUAGCCACUGCGAAUAAUAUUCGCAAUUUAAUAGAAAUUAACGAGCACGGCAGCAAACGGCACUUGUGAAUAUGCAUUCCCAUCGAGUGACGUGUGCCUUGACUUAAAUAGAAACAUUGUAGAAUCGGAAGAACUACAACCGAGAAAGAUAUUUGAAUUAUUCAGAGUCAUGUUAUGUGAUGUCAUAAUGGGGGGGCACCAUUACCAUCACCAUCGCUUAAUGAAAUCGCCUUCUUUUCAACCCAUUUCGAAUGCCUUUCUUCACGCUUUCUGAUUGUGAUUGGGAAUGUGUGCGAUUAUUCUUAGUAACAGCAGCCGCCGCUUUAUCAUAGAUAUUUUAAUGGCUCCUCUUCUAGCCCGUUUCCACAUAAUUUCCUCGUGGAUUUGGCCAAUUUCAUUCCGCAUUUAAUGAUCCACUCGCCUGGCUGAAAAUUGGGCGAAAAUAAUAGUUUCUGCAGUUUCCAGUUUGAGGAAUGUGUGGGCACACGGUUGAGGUGUUAAAAUAACAUUUGUGUAUAGAGUGUAAUUCCACCAAAAUAGGGUGUUUGCAAACAAAUAUUAUAUAUACUUUUUGAUGCUAAUUGCUCUUGGUGUUGCGGUAUGUGUGUGUGGCAUUGAACUUGCAGGAAAAUAUGUAGGAAUAAUCUAGGAAUUUGUGUUGAAUAAAACGUGCUUUCUAUUUUGUAACUAUUUUUGGUUCACUUAGUCAUGCAAAUCUAGGAAUACUUUUAUGUUUCUGUGCUUUUUGCUAAAUAAAAUUAAAAGUUAUAGUAUAGUUUAUAAAAGACUCUAAUUACAACCUAAAGCCUAUGAAGCGAGGGCCUUAAAAAGCCAAGACUGUGAGCUGUUGUUGCCAUAUCUUGGCUGGGCAAUAUUUUGCUACAAAAAAUUAGUAUUCCUUGCUUAUAUCUGUAAACAUUCGUGGAAUGCCUAAGGCAAUCACAAGCUCUUGAGGCAUUUGCGUAAUACGACGACGCAUUUUGUUCUUAACUUUGUUCUGUUUUUCUUUUUUGUUUUUUGUUUCUGUGCUUUAUCUGAGUCUGUGGCAGUUUGUGGUCAAUAUAAAAUAAAACCGGCUAGAAGCAUGGCCAGAAGGUAACACAAUAAGCCCAGAGGGAACAGCCUCUCACAGCCUCAGCUUUGCUUUUGCUUUUGCUUUUGAAUUUUAGCUUUUGUUGCUUUUGUCGAUGUCGUAGAGCAGAUAAUGCGCAGAAGUCUCGGAAUAGCAGCUAUGGAAAACCUGUAGCUGCUGGGUACAACUAAACCCAGUUCGGAGCUCUCACACACACACACACACACACGGAGAGAAUCGGUUGGAAUGAAUAUAUAUAUCUUCUAUGAGUAACUGCGAUUUGAGGUCUGCCGCAACUCACGUUCCACACCAGUUCUGGGAGACCCAACAGUCCAUGAAUCGAUGGAGCUUCUGUUGUUGUUUCUGUUGCUGAUGAUGUCAUGUGAGAUACAGAUACAAAUUCAAGCGCUUUCGGAUACAGAUACAGAUACAGCAGCGCGUGGCAAGUGGCAGCACGGAAUUCGCACGCCGAAUCAAUUGUUUUCACUCGGAGCGUCAUCGGUCUGUCCUGGGUCGAAGGUCAGCUGAGUCAGCUGGCAACAGGCCAAAAGCUAGCCAACCAGGGAUUCGUGUCCCGGCUGCCGGCUGAAGGAUGGCUGAUGUCAUGGCCUCGCGCCAGGUAAAUCAAUAAUCGGAAAGAGUGAGGGCAGGUCAGACAUCCCGGGUUUCGGUCGGGUUAUGCUAAUGGCUAUGAAGUCACUUCUACCGCUGAUCGAAUCAGCAGGGCUAAGCGCUACACUGAUUUAUCGGAGGAGAAGGAGGAUUGGGUGGUGGAGCAAUUACAUUCGGCAUUCAAAUGAGUUACAUUACUAUAUAAUUGUUUGAUAUAAUCGUAUAGUGUCUGGUUUAAUAUUAUAUUGAGGGUAUAGUAAAGGGUAUAAGCAUAUAUAAGGGUAUUAAAUCCUUAUUUUAGGUGGGUUUAAUGUCUAAAUCAACUUUAUUUGGCAAAGGAGUUCAAGCAAAAGGUAUAUUAUUAAAAGAACUUUGUUCAAGCAUGAAAACUUUCUAAAUAUCUUACGUAUCUUAAGAAGACAGUAAAUAAUUGAUAAUAAAACAAGAAAAGAAACUAACUUAGGGUAACCCAAAUCUUUCGAAUCGGAAAUGGGCCAUAACAAAGCUAAGCCAAGAUCCUAGAUACAUUAGGUGAACAAUUCACCAGCCAAGGAAAGAAACCUUUUAAGAAUUAUAAUUAUGAAACUUAUAAAUAAAUUAUAUAAUUUAAGAACCAAAAAACGGCAUUUACCUUUCUUCAAAUACUAUAUAAUUUACUUAUAAUAGUAAUCACGUAAUAUAAAGGCAAUUGUAGCACCCAAGAACACUUCCUCAGCUGGUUACUUCCUCAUUUAUUUCUUCAAGUGCACCUAAUGAAUUUUCCAAUUAAAUUGAAUGACCCUAAACCUGACCCACAAACACACAGAGAGUGAACAAAUUAGCCCACGACAUUGGCGGCAUUCCACAAGUAUGAACUUGUAAUUGAAUUAGCCAGACGGCGACGACCACGACGAUGGAAGUUGUGGUGCCUAGACCACCUUCGAUAGGGCCGGAAUCGAUUGGAUGCACUGCUGGUCAGCGGAGGAUAUAAGUACAGGAGGAGAUCGCUGACUCCGGCCACAUUGACGGAUCGAGAGCAAUAUGAAGCAUCUACUGGCAGCUCUAGUGACCCUGCUAACGGUCCUGCCGCGUGACCAGGAUCUAGUUAUGGGCUCGGGAACCCCCUGCCCGCGUCGCUAUUUAAGGAGGAUCAAUGGCAAAUGCUACUACUUUUCCGUGACAAAGAUGAACUGGUUUGGGGCCUUGAACUAUUGUCUUCGCAAGGGACUAACCCUCGCGGACCUAAGUAAUCCCGGGGACUUUGAAGGAGCCAUCGGCUUCCUAAGCUCUCUGGGCAACACGGAGGACUUCUGGUUCGGGGGCAACGAUCUGUACCACGAAGGACGCUUCCAGUACAUCAGCAGUGGCCGGCUGGUGCGCUACUACAGCAACUACAGCAAUGUGUUGCCAGCGGAGCACUCCGAGUGCGAUGACUGCCUGGAGGUGCGCAUCCGUGCCCAUAUCAACAUGGUGGCGGCGGACAACUGCCAGGAGCGGCAGUACUUUAUCUGCUCGGAGCGCUACUGCCAGGGAGGUGUCGAUGACAGCCGGAAACCGAAGCACCACAGCCACGAGCAUCUGCAUCACUUCCACCACGACAUCGGCGACAGUAACGAGGGGGAGGAGGAGGACGAGAUCGUCGAGCGUACCCACAACAUGUUGCCCAUUGCCAGCGGAUCAAAGGAGCAUCCAGAGGAUUCUGAGAUGGCCAUUGGAGCAGCAGAUGUGCAGGACGUGGACACGACAGCUGGCAACUCGACAACUCCGACAACUACAGCAGGAGGAGCAGGAGCAUUGGGAGCUGCCGGAGAGACGAUCCCGGACACAACAAAAGCAUCAGAAGAUACUACAGCUGCCACAGAAGAAACCACUGCGGAAGCCUCCACUACAGAAGCCACACCGGCACAAUGAUCUACAGAUUAAAGCUCAAUUCAAACCUGAAAUUCUUUCUCGAUUCAAAGUAAACAAAUAAAAUGAUCAAGCUUUAAAACAUA